CCUACACCUCCAUAAAAACAAUCUCAUUCCCCCUGCUUUGGUUAUCUUUCCAUUUGUGUAAAAUAUGAUGAGCUUUCCAUCAUCGGGGAAGAACUUCACGGUUCGGAGGCAGAAGCCAGAGCUGAUUCCUCCGUCAAGGCCGACACCCCAUGAGACUAAACCCUUGUCUGAUAUCGACGACCAAUUAGGCCUACGCUUCUACAUUCACCAACUCAACUUCUACCCAAACAAAGGAGGGAAUGAUCAGAAAGACCCCGUGGAAGUGAUCAAGGCAGCUCUUGCCGAUGUUCUUGUGCAUUUCUAUCCACUUGCCGGGAGACUAAGAGAAGGACCCGGAAGGAAAUUGUCUGUGGAUUGCAAUGAGGAAGGCGUUCGGUUUGUGGAGGCUGAUGCGGACGUGACGCUGGAGGAGUUAGGGGAGGACCUUCAGCCGCCGUUUCCGUACUUGGAGGAGGUGUUGCACAAUGCUAACCCAAUUCCGGGUUCCGACGAAUUCCUCAACUCUCCCAUGGUUUUUGUUCAGGUGACACGACUUCGAUGCGGCGGUUUUAUCUUCGCCGCGGGUCACAACCACGCCGUCGCAGACGGACUUGGAAUCAUCCAAUUUGCAAAAGCCAUGGGAGAAAUUGCCAGCGGAGCCUCCGCCCCAUCCAUACAACCAGUGUGGAUGAGAGAGCUCUUAUACGCCAGAAACCCUCCGAGAAUAACAUGCGUCCACCGCGAAUACGACGAAGUUAUUCCAACCACCGAACAAAAUAACAAAAUCAAAACUCCUGAGGAAAUGGUGAACACAUCACUCGUCUUCGGACCGGAAGAGAUUUCCGACCUACGCGCCAACUCCCUCCCUGCCGACUUCCGUCAAAAGUGCUCUACCUUCGAUCUCAUGACGGCCAGCAUUUGGCGUGGCCGCAUUGCGGCCCUCCAAAUGAACCCGGAGGAGGAAGUUAAAGUCGUGUGUAUCGUGAAUGCGCGUCACCGGUUCGAUCCGCCUUUGCCGGAGGGGUAUUACGGGAAUGCUGUUGCUGCACCGGUGGCUAUAACCACGGCGGGGGAGCUCGUCAAGAACCCGCUCGAGUAUGCCGUGACGCUGUUAAGGAAGGCCAAGUCGGAGGUGACGGAGGAGUACAUCAAGUCCACCGCUGACCUCAUGGUUCUGAGAGGUCGGCCCAUACUGAAUAUGUCAUCCACUCAUUUGGUUUCCGACGUGACUAGGGUUGGGUUCGAUGACAUUGAUUUCGGGUGGGGUAGACCGACUUAUGCCGGUCCGGCCAGGGCUGCGUCGGAGAUGGUCCCCGGAGUACCCACUACUUUUUACGUUCCUAAGCAUAAUAAGAACGGGGAGCGAAUUGGAACAGUAGCUCCGGUUUGCUUGCCGGCAUCUGCCAUGGACAGAUUUAUCAUCGAAAUUGCAAGAUUGAUGGGAAGGAGGCCGCUGAUCAGAUGAUAUAUUUAGUACGUACCAUAUACAUCUUUGCAUCAUGCCGGAACGGAUUCGUAAUUUCGCCAUACUGUAAUCCUUAAUAUAUGUUUUUUCCGUUACAAAAUUAUUGUUCAGGUUGGAUUUUCACUUUUAAUUCAACUUGUACUAAAACUAAAAAUUCAAAUGGUCAAUAAUUUUGGGACAUGGGAAGUACUACUUAUGAUUUUAAGAAUUGUGUGAUUUCGUCAACAUAUAUAUAUUAUAAUAAAUAAUUAGAAUAUGUAAGAUUGUUAUUACCGAA